ACAGCCAUGGACUUGGAUACGUCUUCCUUCAAACUGUACUCACAAAAUGAAAUUCUCGGUGAAGAUUUUAAGGAAAUUGGAACUCAGGGAUUGAGAAAACGGGUUACUCAACUGGGAACUUCAUGGAAGACUCCAUUUCCUGGAGAUGAAGUUGAAGUACAUUACAGUGGAUGUAUCCAAGGUGGUUCGAGUUUCGAUUCGAGUUGGGACAGACAUACUCCAUUCAGAUUCAAAAUAGGACAAUGUGAAGUUAUCAAAGGAUGGGAUGAAGGGAUUUCAACAAUGAAGAAAGGUGAAAAGGCAGUUUUCAUGAUUCCGCCACACUUGGGUUAUGGCGAAAUGGGUUCUCCGCCAACCAUACCUCCCAACGCCACACUAAUAUUCGAUGUAGAGUUGCUAUCAUGGACUAGCAUCAGAGACUUAACAAAUGAUGGUGGAAUAUUAAAAAAGAUACUAAAAGAUGGCGAGGGAUGGGCUACUCCAAAAGUUGCCGAUGAAGUGCUAGUUAAGUUUGAAGCAAGGUUUGAGGAUCAAACAUUAAUAUCAAAGUCGCAGGAGGGUGUUGAAUUCUAUGUUUGCGAUGGUUAUCUAUUUCCUGCAAUCGCCAAGGCCGUAACGACAAUGAGGAAAGGGGAGAAAGCAGAGUUAUCGGUGAAAUUUACAUAUGGUAUAAAACAGGUUGGAAAAGAUGCAUUUGGAAGUGCAUUUGGGGCUCAAUCCAAUCAAAAUAUGAUAAUUGACCUUGAGUUAAUAUCCUGGAAAAGCGUCAUUAACGUUGCAGAAGACAAGAGAGUGAUUAAGAAGAUUUUAAGAGAAGGUGAAGGUUUCGAUCACCCAAAUGAAGGAUCAGUUGUGAAAGGUACCCCUACUGGUUGGCAACUCAUUAUCCAUUAUAGACGCGGUAACAAAAGAAAUUACCGGUUCACAUCAUCUUCAAGGGCAUUGCCUGUGUCUGAUUAUGCAAAACCUUGUUCCUGUUGUGCAGUGAAAUACACUUGUGAAUGCGAGGAUGGAAUAGUCAUCGAGAGCAAAGGCUCUGACUAUGAUCCUUAUGAAUUUAUAUGUUUUGAAGAUCAUAUUCCAGAGGGUUUAUUCAGGGCAAUUGUGACCAUGAGAAAGGGUGAAAAAUCGCUUAUAACUAUCUGCUCCGAGUACAGUUCCAACAUAGUAGUCUCUAGAAGUAGUGCUCAAACAAACGGAACACUUAUUUACGAUGUCGAAUUACUUAGCUUUACAAAGGAAAAACCGCACUGGAAAAUUGAAACUGCAGAAAAAUUAGAGGCUUGCGAGAAAAAGAAAGAUGAGGGGAAUAGAUUGUUCAGGUGUGGGAAGUUUUGGUGUUCGUCAAUGAAAUAUGAAAAGGCAGUUAAGUGUGUGGAGUUCGAUCACUCCUUCACAGACGAGGAAAAGACGAGGGCAAACGCAUUAAGGAUAUCAUGUCAUUUGAACAAUGCAGCUUGUAAGCUUAAACUCGGGGAUUACGUUGAAGCUUCAAAAUGUUGUACCAAGGUCUUAGAACUUGAUCCUUCAAACGUCAAAGCCUUAUAUCGAAGAUCGCAAUCGUAUUUAGAAACCCGAGAUUUAGAAAAAGCUGAGAUUGACAUAAAGAAAGCUCUUUCCAUUAAUCCAAAUAACAGAGAAGUGAAGCUAGAGUACAACAAGUUAAGAAAUAAGAAGAAGGAGUACGCUAAAUAUGAAGCAGAGAUUUUUGGUACAGUGUUUUCGAGACAGGGUAAUUAGAGAUUUUGGAUAAUACGAGCGCAACCAGCUAGGGUGUGCUCAUUAGUGUUUCGCUACGUCAACAUAAUGAUCGCGUUGUUCCCAUAGGGUUAUUGGGUGUUUAGGGAAUUGAAAUUAGCUGCGGACAUUGAUGUGUGUUCGUCACACGUGGUUCUGCCUUUCAACAAACUAGAUACUGUGAGUUUCCUGUUGCUGUCGGUUGUUCAAUAAUAAUUUCACAAGGACUUGGAUCGGAUGCAUUACUCAUCCAAGUCUCACAAGUCCAA